CUGGUCAACUUUCUCAAGGUCCACAAGGAGGGUGGAGGCAAGCAGGUCCGGGUGCGAGGCGUGGACGGGACAGGACGCCCAAUCAACCACCUCUACACCAUGCACGAGAGGAAGCUGAAGGGGCACAAGCAGGGAAGUACCUACGCCAAUUGCAUCAAGCUGUGCCACAGAUUUGCCCGGGAUUACGUGGACAACCUCACCGACCGUCUAGAAGACCCAGGGAAGCUGGGGUCGACAAAGCUGUUCCAGGCGGGGAAGUGGCCGAAGAUCAAGGUGCAGCGAGAGAAGAAGUGCAAGGAGAGGCUGCAGGGAUGCAGCAAGUUGUUCCGCAACAAGCUGCCGGGAUCCGACCUCAAGGCAGUGGAGAGGGAGCUCCCGACAUUCUGUGCGAUUAUGGAGAUACACCAUGAGCUGGAGAGCUUCACGCAGGGGCUGUCCAACUUUCUUGGCAGCGCAGACUCAAAGAGGUCCAUGCGGAGGAGGCGCCCUGCGAAGAGCUUGAAGCUGGAUGUGGCAGAGAGGGACAGGAAGGGGAAGCAGAAGGAGGGUGAAGAUGUGGCUGCUAGAAUUGCAGGGGAGAACGAGGAUGAGGGGGAGGAGGAGGAGGAUGAAGUGGAACAGGACCUGGACGAUGAUCAGGGGGAGGAGGAGGAGGAGGAGGACAACCCCUUCCGGUCGGACGAUGACGACGUGGAGGAGGUAUACCACAUUAAGAUGCCCGUGCACUAG